CACAGGGCCUGCAAAGAUGCUGGCUGUCCCGGACAUGGGCCUGCAGGGGCUGUACCUCGGCUCCAGCCCCGAGCGGUCCCCCGUGCCCAGCCCGCCUGGCUCCCCACGAACCCAGGAAAGCUGUGGCAUCGCCCCCCUCACACCCUCGCAGUCUCCAAAGCCCGAGGUCCGGGCCCCCCAGCGUGCUCCCUUCUCCGUGGUGGUGGCCAUCGACUUCGGGACCACCUCCAGUGGCUACGCCUUCAGCUUUGCCAGUGAUCCUGAAGCCAUCCACAUGAUGAGGAAAUGGGAGGGCGGGGACCCAGGAGUGGCCCACCAGAAGACCCCCACCUGCCUGCUUUUGACCCCGGAGGGCGCCUUUCACAGUUUUGGCUACACCGCCCGCGAUUACUACCACGAUCUGGACCCUGAGGAGGCGCGGGACUGGCUCUACUUCGAGAAGUUCAAGAUGAAGAUCCACAGCACCACUGAUCUCACCCUGAAGACCCAGCUGGAGGCUGUAAAUGGAAAGAAAAUGCCUGCCCUGGAGGUGUUCGCCCAUGCCCUGCGCUUCUUCAAGGAGCAUGCCCUUCAGGAGCUGAGGGAGCAGUGCCCAUCGCUGCCAGAGAAGGACACUGUGCGCUGGGUGUUGACGGUGCCCGCCAUCUGGAAACAGCCUUCCAAGCAGUUCAUGCGUGAGGCUGCCUACUUGGCUGGCCUGGUGUCCAGGGAGGACGCAGAGCAACUCCUCAUCGCCCUGGAGCCAGAGGCCGCCUCUGUCUACUGCCGCAAGCUGCGUCUACACCAGCUCUUGGACCUAAGCAGCCGGGCUCCAGGCAGUGGACGCCUGGGUGAGCGCCGCUCCAUCGAUUCCAGCUUCCGGCAGGCCCGCGAGCAGCUGCGCCGGUCCCGCCACAGCCGCACGUUCCUGGUGGAGUCUGGCGUCGGAGAGCUGUGGGCAGAGAUGCAAGCAGGAGACCGCUACGUGGUGGCAGACUGCGGAGGAGGCACUGUGGACCUGACCGUGCACCAGCUGGAGCAGCCGCAUGGCACCCUCAAGGAACUGUACAAGGCAUCUGGCGGUCCCUAUGGCGCGGUGGGCGUGGACCUGGCCUUUGAGCAGCUGCUGGGCCGCAUCUUCGGCGAGGACUUCAUCACCACCUUCAAAAGGCAACGGCCGGCAGCCUGGGUGGAUCUGACCAUCGCCUUCGAGGCCCGCAAACGCACGGCGGGCCCGCACCGCGCAGGGGCGCUCAACAUCUCGCUGCCUUUCUCCUUCAUCGACUUCUACCGCAAACAGCGAGGCCACAACGUGGAGACAGCCCUGCGCCGGAGCAGCGUGAACUUCGUGAAGUGGUCCUCGCAGGGGAUGCUCAGGAUGUCUUGCGAGGCCAUGAACGAGCUUUUUCAGCCCACGGUCAGUGGGAUCAUCCAGCACAUAGAGGCGCUCCUGGCGCGGCCCGAGGUGCAGGGCGUGAAGCUGCUCUUCCUGGUGGGCGGCUUUGCGGAGUCGGCCGUGCUGCAGCACGCGGUGCACGCGGCGCUGGGCGCCCGCGGCCUGCGCGUGGUGGUCCCGCACGACGUGGGCCUCACCAUCCUCAAGGGCGCGGUGCUGUUCGGGCAGGCGCCGGGCGUGGUGCGCGUGCGCCGCUCGCCGCUCACCUACGGCGUGGGCGUGCUCAACCGCUUCGUGGCCGGGCGCCACCCGCCUGAGAAACUGCUGGUCCGCGACGGCCGCCGCUGGUGCACCGACGUCUUCGAGCGCUUCGUGGCCGCCGAGCAGUCGGUGGCCCUGGGCGAGGAGGUGCGGCGCAGCUACUGCCCGGCGCGGCCGGGCCAGCGGCGCGUGCUCAUCAACCUGUACUGCUGCGCCGCCGAGGACGCGCGCUUCAUCACCGACCCGGGCGUGCGCAAGUGCGGCGCGCUCAGCCUCGAGCUGGAGCCCUCCGACGGCGCGUCCCCCGGCCGCCGCGAGAUCCGCGCCGCCAUGCAGUUUGGCGACACCGAGAUCAAGGUCACCGCAGUCGACGUCAGCACCAAUCGCUCCGUGCGCGCCGCCAUAGACUUUCUUUCCAACUGAUGGCGCGGGCGCCGUGCCAGCCCCAUCCCCACCCCGUGCCAGGCCCCGCCCUGUUGCGGUCGGGGAGUUGGGGUGAGGGGGGAGUCUGGGGCGCUGGCUCGCGUGGACCGAGCUGCUGGUUCUGAAGUCAGCGCCUCUUCCCCCGCCCUCCUGUCCGGGGAGAUGAGGUCGCAGGAUGGGUAGGGACAAACUCUCGCUUUGGAAUUGGGCCCGGGUCGGCUGACUGGAAGGCCGAAGAGCCCUGCCAAGGGCUGAGAUCAAAGAGUCAGAAGAGGUUCGUAAGACGGUGCGCCCACAAGGGGGCACGUGACCCCGAAGGCAGAUUGCAGCAGAAGACCAAGCCCUGGCCUGAACUGGGGGGUGGGGGGU